CCCGAGGUAGAUGACGCAUUUGAAGAGUUGACGGAAGAAGAGUUCCGGCAGUAUUUUCGUCUGUCCAAACGAACAGUGCGUAGCUUGUGCGACGAGCUUGACCCCAUCAUUACAUGCCAGCGAGCCAGUGGCCUUUCCACAGAAAGGAAGGUGUUGUGCGCGCUGCGAUUCUUCGGCACAGGAAGCUUCCAGAGGAGCGUUGGUCGCGAGGAACACGUAGGCAUGGCACAGUCGGCCGUGAGCAGCACCACUCACGAGGUGGCGGAGGCCAUCAUUUCCGUGUCUGCCCGGAGAAAGUUGGUGGACUUUCCAUUGACACCGGCUUCCAAGGAUGAGGCAAAGGCGGCGUUCGCGCGACGCGGCGCCAUUCCAGGCGUGCUAGCGUGCGUCGAUGGCACAUUGAUCGCCAUUAUGAAGCCAGAGGGACUCAGCCCGGCUGACACGGCGAGCUUCAUGUCGAGAAAGGGUUAUUACGCCCUAAAUGUCAUGGUCGUGUGCAACGCGGAACUUCGCAUUCUUGUUGUGGACCCCCGGUUCCCUGGUUCGUGCCAUGACUCUUGGGUGUGGCAGCAUAACCCACUGCGUGCACGCCUAGCCGCACAACUGCAGCCUGGCGAGUAUCUGCUUGGAGACUCAGGAUAUCCUCUCGAGCCAUGGCUGCUUGUUCCAGUACCUGGCAGCCAUGCCGGCACCCCCUCUGAAGGCCACUACAACCAGGAGCACGCAUCCAUGCGCAAUGUUGUGGAGAGAUGUAUCGGGGUGUUGAAAAGCAAGUUCCGCUGCUUGCAGCGCUUUCGGACACUGCUAUACAGCCCCGAUAGAGCAGCGCGAAUCAUUUAUGCAUGCGUUGCUCUCCAUAACAUUGCCUUGGACGCGGGCGACUGGACAUUGGACGAUUAUGGUGGGGAAGUGCCACCAGCUGAGGAGCCAGAGGUGCCAGGAGACAUCCAGGUGCUGGCACCACAAGACGUGUUCCUCAGAGGAAGGCAGCAGCGCAGCGCAGUUGUCAACCUUUUCUGAAGGACACAGGAAUGGUGAGUUUUCAUAAUACAUAAUUUAUUUAUACAAAGUGCAGUGCCCUUAGGCUAUCACAGGGCUGUGUUUGUACAGCGGAAAAUACAUUAAAAACUUUGUAUACACAACAAGUGCACCUCCAUACGGAUCGUCAAUGUUCCAAAUCCACACAUCCGACAGAUUAUGAUAAUUUAAACACAAACGAAGUACACUUCGUUUUGCCAAAGACUUGAAAAAUUAUAGACCGAUCAGCUUACUGUCCGUUGCCUACAAAGUAUUUACUAAGGUAAUUGCAAAUAGAAUCAGGAACACCUUAGA